AUGACGUCUCCAGCGACCAUCCGCGGCUCGCGAUCGCCUGUCCCCAAGGCCGCCCUGCCGCUCGGCCUCGACGCCUUCUGCUUUCGGCAGUUCGACGCCCCCACCUACGCAGGCACGCGGGUGACGGGCAUUUCGAAGGAGGAUUUUCUCAAAAAGGUCAACGAGAUGGCCGCCAGCGAGGAAGGCCUCGAGUUCGUGGAGGGCUACGCGCCGUUCUGCCGCCACAUCUUCGUGCCGAACUUUGUCGGUGCGCUGCCAGACGCCCUCCCCAUCACGCGUGAAAACGAGCACCUCCUCCGGUCAGGCUACGUAGCAAGGCGCGCUACGGAGCUGCCAGUGCUCACGCGCUGGUUUCCUCUGAGGCACGUGGAGAGUCUGCUCAAACCUGCAAACUUCCUCGAUCUGAUCCUCUACUCGCGCGAGCAGCUAGCGAAGGAAGAGGCCGCGGAGAAGGGCACCGAGCCGGUGAUAGAUCCUGAGGCGCCAGCAUGGUCCAUUAUUUCCGUCAAGGCGCAGGACGAGCCCCACGAACUUCCCAUGGCUCCAAUCACAAUGCUGCGCAACACGUUGAUUGAGGAGGGCGGCAGCGGCGUGCGCCUCGACCGAGAGGCCUACAGGGCGUCUGUGGCGUACUGGGAGCAGCACGCGAUUAUCAUGGACAGAGACUCGUCUCUGUCUUAA